ACCAUACCUUGUCACACCACACCUUAUCAUACCAUACCUUGUCACACCACACCUUUUCAUACCAUACCUUGUCACACCACACCUUUUCAUACCAUACCUUGUCACACCACACCUUUUCAUACCAUACCUUGUCACACCACACCUUUUCAUACCAUACCUUGUCACACCACACCUUGUCACACCACACACUGCGUCACCCUAUACAUUAUCACACCACACCUUGUCACAUCAGACUGCCAUCAGCUCACUGUGCCCCAUCGCAAGAUUGAUAUCAACCAAUCACCAAUCAAGAAAAAACAUAAUAUGGUGCGACUCUACUACUUUUAAUGAAGUAGCACCG